AUGACACAAUGGGAGUGACUGCCAUUGGGACCGCAAACGGAUCCGAAUCCUUCGUGCCUUCGUCCAAUCCUCAAACAUUUGACUUUCUUUCUUUCUUUCCUUCUUUUGCCGAUCCUUAAACCAACAAAAAAACAGCAAUGUCUAAACAAUGUUCCCAAUAAAAAGAAAAAAAACUAAGCUAAAAGGCCACCGAUCCAAUACAGAAUCUAAAAUCUUUAACAAUGGCCGAUGAUGAUACCCAUAACCAAAGCCAAGAAUGCACUACGGUCCGAGAGUUUUGUGCCAAUGGGGUUUGCAUGAAAACGACCGAUGUGGAAGCCAAACUCGACGAAGGCAAUAUUCAAGAAGCUGAAUCUUCUUUACGCGAAGGCUUGUCCCUCAAUUUUGAGGAAGCGAGGGCUCUUUUGGGAAGAUUAGAGUAUCAAAGAGGAAAUGUAGAAGGGGCACUUCGGGUAUUCGAUGGGAUCGAUCUUCAAGCUGCAAUUCAACGGCUGCAACCUUCCGUUAAUGAGAAUUCUAAUCCUUGUUCUGUUUCUUCUUCUUCUUCUAAUAAUAAUUCUUCUUCUAACAAGAAACGCCGGGCUAAUCGUGAUUCGCAGCCUGCCGUUUCCCAACACGCUGCCAGCCUCGUUCUUGAAGGCGUUUACUUAAAGGCCAAGUCCCUUCAAAAGCUCGGGAGAUUUACUGAGGCUGCUCAGGAUUGUACAAAUGUGCUUGAUGCUGUGGGGAGGAUAUUUCCUCAAGGAAUACUUAACGUCCAAGUUGAGAAUCGAUUGCAGGAGACGGUUAGUCAAGCCGUUGAGCUACUUCCAGAGCUUUGGAAGCAGGCUGAUAAUUAUCAAGAAGCAAUGUCUGCUUAUAGACGUGCACUGCUCCAUCUAUGGAACUUAAACAAUGAUUGUUGUGCACGAAUUCAGAAAGCAUUUGCAGUUUUUCUCUUGCAUAGUGGGUUGGAGGCUGGUCCUCCUAGCUUAGGUGCUCAAAUUGACGGAGCUUACGUACCCAAAAAUAAUUUGGAAGAGGCUAUUCUGCUUUUGAUGGUUCUUAUGAGAAAAAUUCAACAGGGUAUGAUCCAGUGGGAUCCAUCUGUUAUGGAUCACUUAAUGUAUGCACUUUCUGUAUGCAGCCAAACUCCUGUUUUAUCAAAGCAACUUGAAGAGCUCAAACCUGGAGUAUUUCAUCGUAUUGACCGUUGGAAUAUCUUAGCUCUUUGUUGCAGUGGUGCGGGACAGAAUAAAGCUGCCUUGAAUCUAUUGAGAAAGUCUCUGCAUAAACAUGAAAGACCUGAUGAUCUCACAGCAUUACUAUUGGCUGCCAAGAUCUGUAGUGAGGAUUUUUAUCUUGCAGCCGAGGGAGUAGCAUAUGCACAGAGGGCAAUCGAUAAUGCACAAGGGGUGGAUGGACAUCUGAAGGGUGUUGGUCUUCGUAUGUUAGGUCUUUGUUUGGGAAAGCAAGCUAAAGUUUCUUCCUCUGACUUUGAAAGGUCCCGUAUUCAGUCUGAAGCGCUUAAAUCUUUAGAUGCUGCAAUAUCUUUUGAGCAGGAUAAUGCUGAUAUAAUCUUUGAGUUGGGAGUUCAAUAUGCAGAGCAGCGGAAUUUGAAUGCUGCUUUGCGUUAUGCAAAGAAGUACAUUGAUGUAACUGGUGGUUCUGUAUUAAAGGGUUGGAGAUUGCUUGCUCUAAUUUUGUCUGCUCAACAGCGAUUCUCAGAGGCUGAGUUGGUCACUGAUGCUGCUUUGGAUGAGACUGCCAAAUGGGACCAAGGGCCACUGCUAAGGCUGAAAGCAAAACUGCAGAUCUCCCAGUCACGACCCAUGGAUGCUAUUGAAACUUAUCGUUACCUCCUUGCAUUGGUUCAGGCCCAAAGAAAAUCAUUUGGUCCUGUGAGAAUUGAUUCUCAGGUAGAGGAUGAUAAAGUAAAAGAAUUUGAAGUUUGGCAUGGCCUUGCAAAUCUGUACUCUAGUCUUUCACACUGGAAGGAUGUAGAAAUCUGUUUGAAAAAAGCCAGAGAGAUGAAACAGUAUUCUGCAGAACUGCUGCAUACAGAAGGUUUUAUGUGUCAAGAACGUGGAGAAAUCCAAAAAGCAUUAUCUGCUUAUAUCAAUGCUAGUCUGCUAGAACCAUCAUAUGUACCUUCCAAGGUACUGAUUGGUGCAAUGUUGUCCAAGAUGGGCUCAUUGCCUGUGGCGAGAACCGUACUAUCUGAUGCAUUGAGGAUUGAACCUACAAACCGGAAGGCUUGGUAUUACUUAGGUAUGGUACAUAAGGAAGAUGGUCGCAUUGCAGAUGCCACAGAUUGCCUCCAGGCAGCCUCAAUUCUUGAAGAGUCAGAUCCUAUUGAAAGCUUUAGAUCUAUCCUUUGACAGGCUCCCAUACAUUUCAGCAAAAUCUGUUCAUGUAACGUUAACCAACAUCAGUUUCCCCCGGGGUACAGGGAAGGCUCUUUUGCACACUCUUUCCAAUUUCUUCAUUUAUGUUGCUUCCUCGCUAGUUGCUGCCAUAAAGAAGGGAUCAAGUCAAAUGAAAAUGGAAUUUGAAAGGAAAAUAAGAUCAAAGGAAAUGCCAGAUGAUUUAGUUCAAAUUGUAGGAAAUGCAGUAGGGGGCUCUCAAAUGGUCUUCUAAUGAUAUUUUUCUGAGCAUGCUUCUCGCUGUUUUAGAACUAAUAAUAUAUAUAUAUAUAUAUAUGUAUGU